ACCAGUGUCGGCACCUAAUAAACUGACUCUCAUUUCCAAACAAACAAUGUGGUUGCAAUGGCGGUGUUUGGACUCACCCCCUUCACAUUCACUCACUGUAGGGGCCAAAUUUCCCAUUUCGAAACUCAAAAGUAUCUGUUUAAUGGGCCUCUCUUUCAGAGUUCAGCAAGGAGGAAAUUGAAUUCUCUAGCGUCUCCUCCGCUGCACCUUCCCAUUUCAUCAUCUAAGGAGUUGAUUGAGUGCUUGUUGAAUCGAAAGGACUUGAAUGAAGCAGAAGCUGAGGCGUCGCUUGAUUUCUUGCUAAAAGAUGGCAGUGAAGCUCUUAUUAGCGCAUUCCUUGUUCUCUUAAGAGCCAAAGGCGAAACCUUUCAAGAAGUUGUAGGACUGGCUAGAUCGAUGAUCAAAUGUUGUAGAAAGGUUGAGGGAUUAAAUGAUGCGGUUGACAUAGUUGGAACCGGAGGAGAUGGCGCCAACACCGUGAAUAUCUCAACAGGAGCAGCUAUCCUUGCUGCAGCUUGUGGUGCUAAAGUUGCUAAGCAAGGAAACAGGUCAAGUUCUUCUGCUUGUGGAAGUGCUGAUGUUUUGGAAGCCCUUGGAGUGACCAUUGAGUUGAAGCCUGACGGGGUCAAGAAAUGCGUGGAAGAAGUUGGGAUAGGUUUCAUGAUGUCCCCUUACUACCAUCCAGCAAUGAAGAUUGUCACACCUGUGAGGAGGAAGCUUCGAGUGAAGACGAUAUUUAAUAUCCUAGGUCCUCUUCUGAAUCCUGCUUGGGUACCUUUUGCUGUUGUUGGAGUUUACAAAGAAGAUAUUGUCAGCAAGAUGGCCAAAGCACUACAAAGUUAUGGCAUGAAGAGAGCGUUAGUUGUCCAUUCUGAAGGUUUAGAUGAAAUGAGUCCUCUUGGACCUGGAGUAGUCCUUGAUGUUACACCUGAAAAGAUAGAGAAAUUCUCUUUUGACCCACUCGAUUUUGGUAUACCUCGCUGCACAUUAGGGGACCUCCGCGGAGGAGGGCCAGAGCAUAAUGCUGGGGUACUAAGGCGUGUGCUUUCAGGUGAAACGGGGCCAAUGGCAGAUGCAUUGAUACUCAAUGCCGCAGCAGCAUUAUUGGUCAGUCGACGAGUUGGUAACUUAGCUGAAGGAGUAGCAGUGGCCCGUAUCGCACAUCAAUCAGGAAAGGCUCUCGAUACUCUUAAUCAUUGGAUUGAUGUUUCAAGUAGGGUAAAAGAAUCUGUACAAAUGCUCAGCCAGAGUUUGUAAGGAUCAGCAUUCAGAUUUCAUAACAAAGAGAUGAUGUCUUCCUGAAAAUUUGAAAAUUUCAGUAUUUAGGACUCUUGUUCAGCAUGGUCAACUCAAUUUGAUUCAUUUCACCACAGGGGAGUUGCAUGUAUUGCAAUUUGCUGAAUCCUAUAUCCUUAUGGAUCCAGUUAGUUACUUUCUUUUUGUAUUGCAAAUAAAAAAUACUACAAUUCUCCCUAAAUGAUGAAUACUAGAUUGAGUUUUACAAAGCC